CACCUGAUAACGAAGAGGGCGGGUGUGCUAAUGUUUACAACCACCUUGCUGUCAAUAAUUCUGUCGUAAAAACUGGAAUUUUGUGGAUAUUUUAGCAGCUUGUCUGACAACAAGUGUGUUACGGGACAAACUCAAUGACCCGCCCCGGCAUCCAGGGUUUUGCUGCCUGUGAGUCUCCUGGAAUCUGAAUCCCAAUCUGGAAGAAAUAUUCCAGUGUGUCAUUUCAGCUGCUAAACAGUGUCCGGAUGGAGUGGGUGUUCAUCAUGAACCGAAUGAGCUCUCAGGGCAGCUGUGCGGCCCAGCGGAGGCGGAUGGCCUUGGGGGUGGCCAUACUCCUGCUGGUGGAUGUCAUCUGGGUAGCCUCCUCUGAGCUCACCUCUUACAUCUUCAAGCGACAGGAGUACAACAAACCCUUCUUCAGCACCUUCACCAAGACCUCCAUGUUUGUGCUGUACUUGCUGGGUUUCCUGCUGUGGCGGCCCUGGAGGCAGCAGUGCACCGGCACCCUGAAACGGCGGCACUCUGCCUUUUUUGCUGAUGCGGAGGCCUACUUUGCAGCCUGCACCACUGACACGUCUGUGAACAACCGCUUGAGUGAACCACUGUAUGUUCCAAUGAAGUUCCAGGACGUACCCACCGAGCACUCAAACUGUCUCAUUGGGGACUGUGAAUCUUCCGCUUCCAAAAAGCAGCGGGUGCGUUUUAGUAACAUCAUGGAGGUGCGUCAGCUGCCUUCUACUCAAGCCCUGGAGGCCAAACUGUCCCGCAUGUCCUACCCAGCUGCCAAGGACCACGAGGCCAUGUUACGCACAGUGGGCAAACUAACUAUCACCGAUGUGGCCAAAAUCAGCUUCUUCUUCUGCUUUGUGUGGUUCCUGGCUAACCUGUCCUAUCAAGAAGCCCUGUCUGACACGCAGGUGGCCAUUGUCAACAUCCUGUCCUCCACUUCUGGCCUCUUCACACUCAUCUUAACGGCCAUAUUUCCCAGCAACAGCAGCGACCGUUUCACUUUGUCCAAACUGUUGGCUGUGGCUCUGAGCAUCGGAGGUGUUACCCUCAUGUGUUUCUCCAGCAUGGACAACCCUGAUGGGAAAGGUGUCAUAGGUUCUUUGUGGUCGCUGGCGGGCGCCGUGCUGUACGCCAUCUACAUCGUAAUGAUCAAGAGACGAGUGGACCGGGAGGAUAAGCUCGACAUCCCCAUGUUCUUUGGCUUUGUGGGUCUGUUCAACCUGCUGCUGCUGUGGCCCGGCUUCCUCCUGCUGCACUACACGGGAUUCGAGGCCUUUGAGCUCCCCAGCCAGCUGGUGUGGACGUACAUCCUAAUCAACGGCCUCAUAGGAACCGUUCUCUCAGAGUUCCUCUGGCUGUGGGGCUGUUUCCUCACAUCGUCUCUGAUCGGCACGCUGGCAUUGAGCCUCACCAUCCCGCUCUCUAUUAUGGCAGACAUCUGCCUGCAGAAGGUACGGUUUUCGUGGCAGUUUUUUGCUGGAGCCGUCCCCGUCUUCCUCUCGUUCUUCAUCGCCACGCUCUUAUGCCACUACAACAACUGGGAUCCUGUCCUGAUCGGCCUGAGGAGAGUCUACGUCUUCAUUUGCCGGAAGCAUCGCGUUCAGAGAUUGCCAGAAGACAGUGAGCAGUGUGAAAGCCUGAUUCCUCUUCACCCCUUCUCCCCCAACGAAGCCAGCUUCUGUUCGUGAGCAGACCCACACAAAGUGGAAAAAGUGUUUUCUGCUGAGCCGACCAUCUGGAAAGAGACAUUGAACCAGUGCCUUCUAUGAAAUCUAUUUAUUUUCUACAGUGUUCAGAGGACGCAUCCAUUUCUACACAUUCCAGUCAUCACAGACUGAUUAUUUCUGUGUAUAAAACCACAACCUCGUAUCAGUGAUUAUUGUCAUGUGACCAAAUGAAACGGUACAUUUUGAACUUGUUCAUCACACUUCAGAAGAACCAGCUGCUUCUUUGACCAUGUUGGAGUUCACAUUUGAGCGUAAUAUGGUUCAUUAGCGUGUUUGUCUGGAGGCCUUUGAAGCCUUGCUGCUUGUUUGUCUGUGUGCAGCCCACAGAGGACAAUGUGUCCCCAAUGUGCCACACGUGUGAGUCAACGGUUUAUAUCUCAUUCUUCAGCCUUUGAUGCUUUCAAUCAAUACGACUGCAUUGUUCUCAAGAAACGCAGCACAUUGAUGAGUUUGUGUUCCUCAGCUUGAGCAACGCUGAACCCUUCCACAGUGACCCCAGAAAUAUCCCACUUAUUCAAUAUACAUAUACAAAUAUACAUAUAGAUAUAUCUGUCAAUUUGACUUUGGUAAGUCGGACAUGAAGAACAUUGCUGGAUCAUGAAGACAAACUGUGAUAGAAUCCUAACCUUUGUGCUUGAAUAAUAACCUUCAGCUAUAAGCUACAGAAGGCCGUGCUGCACAGUGAAGCAUUAACGAGUAUUGAUGCUUUCUUUGUGAAAUUCACAUGACCACUACACAUUUCUGUCUCUGGUUUUAUUUUUAACGUUUUAUAUUUCCUGUAUUUUUGUAAAAUGACUUGCAGCUGAGAUGAUAUCCCAUUGAUUGGACUGUAUAUUAAAACUAGUUUUCUUCAAAGCAGAUGGAUGAAUUAACUUUGAUUUCAUGAGGUCCCAUUUCUCUGCAGCCUCGGUGUCUGUAACCCACCAUGCAAACAUCCUGUGAAAGGUGAGUUGUGUGCACAUCAUGUGCUGUUUGUGGGGCGGAUGAAGAUGAAGAUGAAGAAGUGAACUGUCCAUUGAGGAGGAAUUAACAGCACUUUAAGUGACAUUUAAACUGGUUCAUGUACAUUAUAUUACGGGCUUAGUUUUUCUCACUUCUUCCUUUCACAGUUGAUCAGAUCUCUGCUUAAACUGCAGUGGUGCUUGUUUUUUUUCCUCUUCAAUGAAGAUGUCAUGCGAUUAAAAGAAGGCUCUAAUAGUAA